AUGUUUGAACACUUGUUAUGGAUGUUAGAGAAUGCUGAUCCUGCAUGAGUCUUAAUUGGAUGAACUUGUGGAUUUCUAUGCUUGUUGAAAAUAUUGAAUUCGUACCACUGUGCUUAUGAUUUGGGCUUGUAAUCAUGGGCUUUGUAUUCUAGGCCUGGUGAAUUGUAUUAAGUGAAUAAUAUUAGUAGGGGUAGUUUAGGAACUACUCCUAUAAAGUUUAGUAGUAUUAGAGAGUGACGGUAGCUCAAAUGGUUAAAGUUUCACGCCCAGUUUUAGAUGACCAAUUCUCAUCAUUCAUCCUUGUGGUUCUCUAGUUGUAAGAAAAAAAAAAUAAACAAAAGAAGGGGUAUGGUUUUAACGUAAAACCAGGCCAUACAUGUCAAUUGAAAAAAAAAAAAUCAAAAACAAAAAUUAGGCAAUUUAAUCAAACUUGAAUAAAUGGAGACGAAACCAAAAUCUAUCGAAUAUGUAAACUUGAUUUAUCUUAUUGUAUAAUUAAUUAAUUUUAAAUUUUUAUAAAUUAUCACCCAUAUAGAAAUAGAAUUGGAUAUACAAGUAUAAAUGUUUUAACCUGUGUCUUAGAGAAUUAGAAAUAGUAAAAAGUCAAAUAUGGCAAAAAUAAAGGGAUAGAAAGAGUAUAUAAUAAUAACAUUAUUUAAAGUGAGGCGAAUAGUUAGGAAAAAAAAAAAAGUCAAAAACUCAAAACGUUUCAAUUACUAGUAAAUAGAGUAAAUCGCAUGGCGUAUUUAGUUUGAAACGGAAAAAUUAUACUCCGUAAUUUAUAAGGGUAGCUAUUGCACCUUAGCUUGAAAUUGAGUAUAAUUAUAACAACUAACUAACUUUUUCAUCAUUCCAAAAAUUUCUCCAACAUCCAACAGUUUCGCAUCUCUUAGUGCUUCUUCUCCCCGAUUUUCUCUCUCCAAAUUAAUAAUUUCCAACCUCAAACCUUUAAUUCUUUAACUUCUUUUAAUUAUUUUCCACAAAUUACUUAAUUUGGGAAAAUGCUCUGUUUUGUCUAAUUAUUACAAUUUCUCAUUUUUUCUUUGGGUUUAUUUCAUCUUUUCUGUCAAUUUUAUCUCCCAAAUCUGCAUUAUCUGUCACAGCUGAAUGCAUGCCUUCUCCCAACAACAUUUCCAGUGAAGAGAUCCUAAUGUCCUGUCAUCAGCGUAGUUCAAGUUCUUAAAAUCUGUAAAAGACAGAGAAAGUGAGUGAUAAGCCAAGCUGCAAGUUUCCCAAUUGACAUGAUUCUCUAGCUCAAUUCAUAUAAGGGAUUUCCUCUGAGUGGACAAUCUGAUGAUGCUAGUCAUCAGGAAUUGUACCUGCUGAUAUCGACCAAGGGAGAAACAAAUCAAAAGCUGUAUUUACAAGCAUAAGGCCAUGGACGAACAAGGAAAUGGCAAGUUGGGUGGGAUUAGACAAAUUGUAAGGCUGAAAGAACUCCUCCAAAAAUGGCAAAAUGUCACUCUGAACUCAAGACUGCCUGACCAAAAUGAUCAUCUUCAACACGCAGGAAUCGCACCUGAAGUAACUAAGCGGUUGAAAAAUUCAGCCGUUGGAUGUGAUUCAGAUGAAGAAGGAUGUCCCAGCCCUGAACCACCUCCCGAUGUUCCCAAGGGAUAUCUGGCAGUUUAUGUAGGGUCAGAGCUUCGAAGGUUCAUCAUCCCUACUGAUUAUCUUAGCCAUCAUCUUUUCAAAGUACUCCUUGAAAAGGCCGAGGAAGAGUUUGGAUUUGAUCAUGGGGGUGCUCUUACCAUUCCUUGUGAUACCGAAAUCUUCAAGUAUCUCCUCAAGUGCAUCGAAAAUGAGAACAUGAAAAAGGGAGAACAUCCGGCUGAACCUGUGGAAGAAUCUGCGUAAUGAAGACUAAAGAGUUUAUGCAUGGUCUUUAUAGAGCGUUUGAAGCAUUUGGUUAUUCACCCCUAGUGUAAAUGAAGGUUUUUUGUAAGCAGCAUUUUCCUUUUCUUGUUUUUGGUAGUUAACUGGCUGUUUGGUUUAAGCUAAUCUUCUGGAUCAUCGUUGUUCCCCUCUUUUUUCCGGGGUUUAGGGAGAGGGUGGUGAACUAUUUGGUUGUGUUUUCUUGCUUUAGUAUAUUUGGGAGACAAUGGAGAUAUUUCAAAUGUACUUGCCACAAUUUUCUGGGCAUGAAAGCAUGUAUCUCAUUUCAAAUACAAAGAACUGUUUUCUGGGUGUUAGUAAUUUUACGCCUGUAUA